UUUGGGUUGCCACAAAUAGUGAAAAUAAUGAUGCAGCCUUUUGGUCUAAGGUAUCUCAACUUGGUUUAAGUGGAGCAUUUGAUAGGGAACAUACUUUUGUUGAACUUAUAAAUUUAAUAGUAAAAAUAAAUGAAAAAAAAUCACAAAAUAAAAAAUUAAAUGGAUUACGAUACUCUCAACAUUUAGUUCAUUUUUUCAGUUUAUUAUCAGAAAGUUCCAGAGAAUAUGAAAUUUUUAAAAAAGCAUUUUCUGGUCUUUCAAUACAAAGAAUAAGACAAAUUCGCAAAACAGAUUCUAGUGUAGUUACCAACCCUGAUUUGAUAUUAGACAAUUUUAUGAAGUUUGCAGAACUUGAUCUUAACUAUAUAACUGGAUCAACCUUGCCACAUGAUGAAACAACAAUUUCUUCAAUUGAUGAUAUACAUCCAAAAAUAAAUUAUAUUUUACAAAAUGAUGCAGUUCCUAUUGGUAAAAUUCCACCAAUGAUAGUAGCAAUGUUGCCAACAAAAGAUGGAGCUAAAUCUGAAUUCAAUGCACAAUUAAUCAUUAUGAAUGAAGCAUCUGGUUUUCUUGAAUAUAAAGAUGCUUUCUAUAAUAUAAAUUUCAAAGCUCCAAUUUAUGAAGACAAACAAGAUGAUAAUGCAGCCUUACGCACCUUUCAUUCAAAUAAUUUAAUGCAAAUUCCAGUUAAUGGCAACUUAACUGAAGAAUCUAUUGGACUUUUUGUAUAUCUUUUUGUGUUAGGUGAAUUAUGUGAUGCCUAUCUAAAUAGAACUAUUGAUCACAAAACACGUAUUGAAAUGGUAUUGCCAGGAAUAAUAGAUACCAGUAGAGAUUGUAAUUCGGCAGCAGGCUAUGUUUUUGACAUAGAUGGCACUUCAUUACCUCAUGAAACAAUUGAAAUACUUCGCACUUGGCCUACUACUGAUGAUAUCAAAGAAUCUACUGUAAUUGCAUUUAAUGAAGCCAUGUUCUUAGCAAACUACCUUCAUAUAAAGCAUAAUGAAUACACAAUCCCACCAAUUAUUACAUCCACAGAAAAUAUGAAUAAUGCUUUUUCAGAAGAUAAUGGAGAUCAAUAUUGUGAAAUAAAUGACUCUUCCAAUGAAUUAAAUUUAGAAUCUAUAUCACUAACUGGUAAUGCAGCUUUGGAAGUAGCUCGCUUAUUAUCAAACUUCCCUGAUAUUCAAUACAUUCAGAAUUCUCAAGUUGUUCCUGUUGCAUUUCAACCAUUUCAAUUAUUCAUUGCAAAUAAUGUUUUAGAUAUUACAGCUAUUUUAGAAAUUCGUAAAAGUCAUGAUGCAUUUUCUCAUAAUCUUCAAUCUAAUUUUAUUAAUUCACAACAAAUAAUAAAUACAAAUAAUAGUGCUACAAAUGGGAACACUUUUAAUAGAAUUAUUACAGAAAUAACAGCAAACAAUGUUGAUGAAGUUCAAAGAAGACAACGUCGGGAUCGAUGGGAAGGUAGAAGGCGUUUAGAAACAAUAUCUAAUAAUUUACCAGGUAAUAGAAAUCAGUGUUUUUUAACUUAUGAGUAA